AUGGAACAAAAAUUUAAGUCUUUAAUAUAUAAUAAAAUUCCUACAUUUAUAUUUUUAACUUGGAUAUGUCAUUCUUACAUUUAUAUGAGUAGGCAAAGUAAAUCAUUGGUUGAAUGCUACAACCAACAUAGAAGGUUAUACGCAAAAAAUUACCGUUUACUGGCAAUAUAUAAGCAAGAUAAGGAUUCAAGUAUUGUGUAUUUAAAAAAAGAGAUACCAAAUCGAGUAAACAAUAUAAAUGAUAUGUUUAAUAAUGAAAAAUAUUCCUUGGGAAUAAUUGAACAAUUAAAUGGGAGUUCACAAGGAAAUAAAAGAAGACAUCAAAAAGAUAUGAAAAAUAAAUCUUGUAUAUUUGAAACUAAAAAAUAUUCCCAUUUAGAAAAAAAAAUCUUCAAAGAACUUGAUUAUAUAGAUUUUCUCAAAAACAACAAAACAAUUAGUGGUAAAAUUUACAAAAAAAUAACACUUAAAAAAUAUGGAUUACGAAUUGCUUUACCUAUAAUACUAUUUUUGUUGUUAAUAACAGUAUUAGUACUCGAUUUGUCAUGGGGCUUGUUGAAGAAAGAAAGUAUAUGGAAGGCAAUAGGUUUAGGUAAAGAGCAAUUAGAAGUAUUGGAAGGCCCAUUAUCGUUCAUUUUAGAACCUUUGUCAAAGUUAGAAUUUUUUAAGCACAAUACACUUGGGGGAGCAACUGCUAGUUGUAGUUUGUGCGCUAGUGUUACAUCUCCCGAAUUAGUUAGUAAAACAUGCAUAUUAGGACAGUUAUUUGGACUUUUAAUAUAUGUCAUACCUUUCUUUAUUUUAGGUGUCACAGUUAUAUCAGCGAUUUUUUUUUACCAUAAAAAAGUUAAAAAAUACGAAAAAAUUAAGUUCAAGAAACAGUAA